GCCUGCCGGGCAUCGCCCCGCGGCGUGGCCGCUCGCCCCCCGCCAUCGCUCGCCCCCCGCCAUGCUGUCCGCCCGCGCCUCUUACCUUCCGCCCUGGUGGGCUGCCUGGCUGCACGGGCUGCCCCACCGCGGCCUCCGCCUCCAGCCCGUCCCCGCCGCUUUCCGACCGCGGGACCCCGACUACCAGCAGUCGCUGCUUUUCCUGGGCUUGGUGGCUGCUGUCUGCCUCGGCCUCAACCUCCUCUUCCUCACCGUCUACCUGAUCUGCUUGUGCUGCUGCAAGAGGCACCAGGAGCCCGAGAGGAAGCGACCCCACUCCUGCUGUGUCACCUGGAUGGCUGUCACUGCCGGGCUCAUCUGCUGUGUGGCCGUCGGCAUCGGCUUCUACGGGAACAGCGAGACCAAUGACGGGGUCUACCAGCUGCUCUAUGCCCUGGACCACGCCAACCACACCCUGACCGGCAUGGACUCGCUGGUGGCCGGCACCACGCUGCAGAUGCAGGUGGGCUUGGAGCAGCACCUGGUGCAGCUGAAUGAACUCCUGGCCAGGCGGGGGGACUACCUGCAGACCCUCAAGUUCAUGCAGCAGCUGGCAGGCAACAUCGUCCUGCAGCUCUCGGGGCUGCCCAUCUGGCGAGGGGCCAGCGCCGACCUCACCGCGCUGGCCGGGCACGUCGCCUACGUCGAGUAUUACCGGUGGUUGGCUUAUCUCCUCUUCUUCAUCCUCAUCCUCACUGUCUGCCUCCUGGCGUGCCUGGGGCUGGCCAAGCGCUCCCGCUGCCUCCUCACCAUGAUGCUGUGCUGUGGGCUGCUCACCCUUAUCUUCAGCUGGGCCUCCGUGGCCCUGGACACGGCGGCGGCGGUGGGCACCAGCGACUUCUGCGUGGCCCCGGACAAGUUCAUCAUGAACCAGACAGACAGUGAGAUCAGCGCAGAGGUGGUUCACUAUUACCUGUAUUGUGACCAGAGCCUGAGCAACCCUUUCCAGCAGGUUCUCACCGUCUUCCAGCGCUCACUCACCACCAUGCAGAUCCAGACCCAGGGCCUGAUACAGUUUGCACUGCCCCACUUUCCAGCAGCUGAGAAAGACCUGCUGGGAGUCCAGCAGCUCCUCAACUCCUCAGAGACCAGCCUGCAUCAGCUCACGGCCAUGCUGGACUGCCGGGGGCUGCACAAGGACUACCUGGAUGCCCUCAUUGGCAUCUGCUACGACGGGGUGGAGGGUUUGCUCUACCUGGUCCUCUUCUCCCUGCUGGUGGCCGCCUCCUUCUCUGCCAUCAUCUGUGCCACACCACGUGCCUGGAAGCACUUGGCGGGCAGGGACCGUGACUACGACGACAUGGACGAGGAGGAUCCCUUCAACCCUCAGGCUCGGCGCAUCGCCGCCCACCACCCAGCCCGGGGGCAGCUCCGCAGCUUCUGCAGCUACAGCAGCAGCCUGGGCAGCCAGAGCAGCCUGCACCCCCCAGCCCAGACCAUCUCCAACGCCCCUGUCUCUGAGUACAUGAACCAAGCUGUGCUCUUUGGUGGAAACCCCCGCUACGAGAACGUCCCCCUGAUCGGCAGAGGGUCUCCUCCCCCCACGUACUCCCCGAGCAUGCGGGCCACCUACCUGUCGGUCACGGAUGAGCAGAUCAGGCACCAGGGCGCCGAGUUCCCCGCCUAAGGCGCCCGCCCCGAGCGGCUCGUGGGAGGAGAAAACACCGCCCGGUGUUUCCGACCUGGAAACCAAAGACACCUGGAAAAGAGGCGGUGGGAAGCCCAGAGGACGAGCCCCGGCGGUGGGGAGCCCCGUGUCCCUCCCCCAAUGAUCUGCGCACCCUCCUCUCCCCCUCGGUGGCUCCUGCUCAGCCUCAAGUCUUCCUGCCUUAGGGCGGCUCCGGGGCCGAAUUCCAGCCGGGCUGCGGGUGCACCGGGAAGACCGGAGAUGCUUCAUAACCCUCCCUCCCCCGUGUCGGCUUCUCCUCUCUCCACCCGCACCAGCUCGGGAUGUUUCACGCCGUGGAGAGGAGCCUUCUGCAGCUCCCCCCGGGACCACGGGCUGCCCCCCGCGACCAGCCCCUCGGGGGCCGUUCCGGGGCUGCGGCUCCCGUAGCAAUGCAGAACCAACCACUAGUGAUCCCAGACCCUUCCCGGCGCCUGCCGGUGGCUUUGUCACUCCCCAAGGGUGACACCUCUGCUCCUGAUGGGCAGACCCGGCUCCCCGUGCCCCCCUCGCUGCCCCCGGGCCGGAGGGGACUGUAGAAUUAGGGAUGUUUUUGACCUUCCUGGUUUUCCUUUGCUUUGCUCCUGGGUUUUACAAGUUCUGCGCCGGGCAGAGGCAGGGUUUGACUUGUUGCCUCUGUCCCAGCGUGGGUUUACUGCGGUGCGUGUUGGUAGCAGGUUUCUGGCUGGAUUUUAGGUUCUUUUUGGCAAUUUGGCUCCCUGGGGCAGCAGCGUGGGCUGGGGCAGGCUCCCCUCUGCCUGCAGGACAGCCCUGGGGUUGCCACAAACCCCCUGGGAGAGGGGUAGGGACUGCUGGGGUGUCCUUGGGGCAGAGAAGGGCACGGUCCUGCCCGGCACUGCAGGGGUUCCAAGGAGCCAGGGGCAACUGGCACGAGCAGAACCGGCUCCUUUGUGCCUCGGGGGCACACGGGCUGAAGCCCCUUCCCCACAGCAGCUCCUCUCUGGCCACGGGCAGGGAGAACCCCUGCUCUGUCCUGCCACCCCAGGAUGGACCCAGCCUCCCAGCCCAGGGGGUUUUCCUGCUCUCUCUCCCUCCUAGUCCCUCUCUCCCCACCCACCCUGCUCAGCACCGCAGCAGGGGCUCAGCCAGGGCUGGGUUUGCCCCUCACAGCCGUGGCUGUGGCUCACGGGGCAAAGCCUUUCCCUCUCUGAUUGCAAUUAGCAGCUGCCUCCUGUGGUGUUGGGGGGUGGGUUUCCCCAUCCCUCCCUUCCUCCCUGCUUUGGCCAAAGCCACUGGCAGACCCGGGGGUGCCAGGCUGUCCCCGUGGCUCACAAGGGGGACUUGACUCGGUAGCAGUGACUCCCUCCCUGUCUUUUAAAGAGAACUUGGACAAACCCUUCGGGCCCCUAACGCCAUCAGCCCACCUGGCUAGCAUUCCUUACUGUUGGAAACGUCCGGGUGACUUUUUUAUAUUAUUGUUUGUUUGUUUGUUUUUUGGCUUUUAACCUUCCGAUGUAACGGUACUGGUAGAGGAGCUGGUUGGGAACGCAUGUGAACUAACCUCAUGAGAACUCCGCCUGGGAGUCCGGCCUCGUUUGUAUCUGCCCUUUGGAGAAAAGACAAUAAACACUUGUACUAAA